AUGGACUCACACCCUCCAAUCCCUUGGGAACCUCCGAGCAGUAGUAAUGGACGGAUGUUCACGCCUCUAGAUAUUCAAAUGUUCACUCUGGGAGCGUUCCUAUUUGCUAUUUCACUAGUGGUAUACUUCCUUCUCUACUCCGGAAAUCCCUACGCAGUUUUCUUUUAUAAUUGCUUCUUGAAGCCCUUCUCCGGAAGCUCGGCGGAGAUAAACGGCGGUCAGCAAGAUGCCCUAGAGAGCUUUUACAAAGGGCAGGCGGACAUCUAUGACGCGACGCGGGGGAAGUUACUUAGAGGGAGGGAGGAGAUGUUGGCCCUCGCUGCGGCCCAGUUGAAGUACAGGGCAAAGAAGGAGGGAAGAAAGGCGGUUUGGGUGGAUAUUGGCGGUGGCACUGGGUUUGUUUCUUGUUCCGCCGGGGGAGGUCGAGGAGGAUAGCAGGUUAAUUGGGGUUAGGUAUAAUGUCGAGACGUUAAACAAAUAUCUUUCAGUUCAGGGGUUCUUUUCGAAGGUUUACCUGGUAGACCUUAGCCCGAGCUUGUGCGAUGUCGCAAGGGAGAGGUUUGGCAAACUUGGGUGGGGGAAUGUGGAAGUCGUGUGUAUGGAUGCUCGGGUAUUCAGAUUGGAACAGAAGGCCGAUUGGAUCACUAUGAGUUAUUCACUGUCUAUGAUUCCCGAGUAUAUCCCCCUCCAUCCCCGCGCACUGCUCUCAGCGUCCGGAGUUCUGAUCUGCGAAGCUUCUAUUCCGUGAUCGAUUCUCUCCUGAACCUAUUGUCGCCCGAAGGUAUAAUCAGCGUUGCGGACUUCUACGUGCAGUCCUCAACAAACUUUGCCGGUAGGACAUACACCGGUGGAGUACUCAGCCGCCAUGUAAACUGGUUUUCGCGACAAUUCUGGAGAGUGUGGUUUGAGUUUGAUCGUGUCAAUCUUGACGAAGGGAGACGGGACUACUUGGAGUAUAAAUUCGGGACUGUAUUAAGCGUGAAUGAGCGGUGAGUGCUAAGUUAGUCCCAGUGUCAUACCCGAUAGGCCGCUCAGUACAUUUUAGGAACCGCAUACUGGGCGGGAUCCCCUACUAUAUCUGGAUCGGCUGUCAGAAAUUGCACACAGUAACCAAUGUCCAAGCACUCGUUGACGCAGCUGAUGCUGAAUCUCCAUACCUUUCCCCAAUCCACCACAUGUCGAAAGUCCAGGUGAACGCCCAACUUUCGGAUACCAUGUUUAAACUCAGUUCCAAAGGAUUCGAAGCCGCGGUCCUAAAUCUUGCGACAAACCUUCCACUCCCGAGCGCCUUCUACCAAAAUCGCCACUGGAGAAUCUACUAUGACGAGCUCUUACAGAAGCACACGCAAUUCAACAAUUCUUACAUCUACGCUUUCACCUGGGAAGACCCACGAGUGGAUCAACGAGUACUAAAGAUCGGUUCGGAUGAUGUUGUGCUGGCUAUCACUUCCGCAGGGGAUAACAUCCUGCACUACCUCAUCGAGGCAAGCCCUAAGAGAAUCCACGCUGUAGAUUUAAACCCUACACAAAACCACCUCCUAGAACUCAAACUAGCCGCAUUCUCGGCCCUACCCUAUGAAGACAUUUGGAAAAUUUUUGGCCUGGGCCGACACGAGAAUUUUGGAGGGUUGCUGGUGAAUAAGUUGAGUCCUUACUUGUCCUCCCGUGCUUUCCAAUACUGGUUCGACCACCGACAAGUAUUCACCUCGUGGCUCGGUGGGGGGCUAUACGAGACGGGGCAAUCCCGGCUCGCAAUCAUCGCUGCAAAAUGGCUUUUCCGUAUCUUCGGCGUGUCAAAAUACGUCGAACGUAUGUGUGCCGCCAGAACACUAAACGAGCAACGCGAAACCUGGCGAUCCAAACUCCGCCCCGUGAUACUCUCCUCGUGGGUUAGCUGGGCUAUAAUCGACCGCGAUCGGUUCCUCUGGAGAGCUCUCGGCGUGCCGGCGAAUCAGCGGGAUAUGAUAAUCCACGACUACCUACAACCCGCCCGGGGGGCAGAUAAAGAUAGUGGGAGAGCAAUGUGGGAAUACGUAGUCAACACCCUAGACCCUGUGGCCGAGAAUAGCCUCCUCAGUGAGGAUAAUUACUUCUACCAGCUCUGCCUCCGGGGUCGAUACACGGAGAAGUCCCGCCCGGCGUACUUGUGUCCGAAGUCCCAUGCAAAGUUGUCCCGUCCCGGGGCACUGGACAAUGUUCGCAUCCACACCGACGAGAUCAACCAUGUCCUCCCGAGGAUUCAACCAGGCACGCUCUCUAUCGCAGUGAUAAUGGACUCGAUGGACUGGUUCGAAACGGACGGCGCGGAAGCCAGGAAGCAAAUCAAGUCGCUGAACGCCGCGAUGAAGGUUGGCGGGAGAGCACUCAUCCGUAGCGCUGGCCGGAGUCCCUGGUAUAUGAGUGUAUUUGAAGAGGAGGGGUUUAAAGCCACGAGGGUUGGGGAUAGAAGUCCCGGGGCAUGCAUUGAUCGGGUUAACAUGUAUGCUUCAACGUGGGUGUGCACAAAGGUCGAGGAGAGGGAUGGGAUGAGAAGUUCCGGGAGCGAGGUUGAAGAAUUGCAGAUUUGAGUUGGUGUUGGCCCCGCGCGACCGAGUUGAGGCUGGGCGCCUAAGAUGGCAAUUCUCAUAGAAAGCGCUCAACUUCAACCCUGCCGCACUAGUAAGUUAGAUAGAGUUUGUUUCGUUUUCGGUCCGGUAGAAGUGCGCUUUAGGUGUAUCGCACAUUUAUGUUAUUUUUGGCUUGGCCGAUUUUAGCUUCUGGUGUUGGGAUGUGGGGGUUGUGUGGAGAGUUUUAAAAGUGCCGC